UUAAAUAAUUUGUUUGAUUAAAAAAAGAAUAAAAUAUCUAAAGAAUUCUAGUAAAACAAAUUUGUAUUCUUGUUAGUGGAUAAAAAUAAAGAAAUAGUUUCGCAAAUGUUCAUGUGUGCAUGCAUAGGUUUCCACAGACAUCUUUAUAUGUAUUAAACCUGGAAUCACAGGCAUCUUUAAUGCUUAAUUCAAGAUUGAUCAUUGCACUUUUUUGAAAUAUAUUCUUAUAUUACGUAUUCACGGUUCGAACUUUAUUUGAAAUAUACUUUUUAUGACAUCCUAACAUAUGUACAUACAGAAAUUAUUUUAUAUCGGUUUAAUAAUAACAAAAUGAAAUUUUAUGCUCUACGUUACAAACUAGGAUAAUAAAUUACAGUUCUUUGUGGAAAUCGGGUAAGCCAAAUGACACGCACAUAUGAUGAUAUUGAAGCAGUAACACGCCUUCUUGAAGAAAAGGAAAAGGAUUUAGAACUAACUGUACAAAUCGGUAAAGAGCUAUUAACGCAAAAUAAUCGCUUAGAAAGCCGAAUUAUUGAGUUAGAACAUGAACUAAAGUCUUGCAAUGACGAUCGUGCUCAACUAGUGCAUGACUUACACCAAAAAAAUGAGCUGAUUUUAGUUUUAACAAAUGAUAUAGAUGACGGAAGUGAAGCUGAAACUGCAACUGUAACAAAAUCUGUUACUUUAGAUUUAUUAAAAAGGAAAAUUACGUCUUUGCAAGACGAAAAUAAAAUACUGAAGUUGGAAGCACUACAAUUAGUUAAACAAACUGAUGAGGUUGAAGAGCAAGAAAGAAAACUAAUGGAGGAUAUUACUUUGCAAUUAAAUUCUGCUAAUUCCAACUAUGAGGGUAUAAGUCUAGAAUUAGAACGUCAGAAAGAAGAAAAUCGAUUGCAACAUGAGCAGAUAACACACUUAACUGCUCGGUUAGCAGAAGCAGAAGUGCGACUGCAUCAACUUACCAUCGAAAAUAAUGAACAAAUAACACUUUUGAAUAUAACCAAGGAAAAUCAAAAUUUAUUAGCUGCGGAACUAGUUGAAUUCAAACAACGUUAUCAAGAAGUGUUAUCAUUAUUGCAGGAGGCUCAAGAACAUAUGCGCAAAAAUCAUAAAAAGUGUCAGCCCAAUGCAAGGAACUCUCUGGUACCUCCUUUUAGUGGAAUUCCUCAUCCAGAUUCGUUGCAGUCUGAGUUAAUGGAAUUCUCUAUGUAUUCGGAAAACAGCUUAGACUCUGGAAUUGGCGUUGACAGCAGGCUAGCAAAUUUAGAUAUAAAUAACCACUUAAAUGUACCAUCUUGCACAGAAAGUGGAAUGUUGAUGCCAGUAUAUAAAAAAGUUUUUGAAACAGUUCAGUGCGCAUCAAAAGGUGGAAACUAUUCAAGCAGCAUGUUACAUCUAAGUACAAUGUCGCUUUGUUCUAGUAACGGACCGCGAAUGUCGACUUCUCUUUGCAGCAGAUACAACAGCAAUCCAGCAGGGUCUUAUGAUAAACCUUCGUCGAUAUGUUUAACAUCAAAUUGUCAGGGUUAUAACAGUUUAUUACGUGGCGUUAAAACAAUUUCAUGUGAAAGCCUAGCAUCACAAUCUGAUGAUGGCUACCCCCAACAACCAAGUGGAGUCCCGGGUGUACCAGGAGCCAAAGAUCUAGAGGCAGCCUUAAAACGUUUAACACCGGCUGAAGUAUUAGCUCGGCGAGCAAUGCUUUCACAUGCUCCAGCUGGAACUUAUAACUACGAUGAGCCAUCUAUCAAAUUAGACAAUGUGCCAUUAGGCUUAAGAACUCCAGAUAGCAUUAUGUCCACAGGUUCCUCACGCUUAUCGAACAUGUCUGAUUUGAACAUAACCGAACACAGCACAAACCGAAGUAGUCCUCAUUGGCGCCUUCCGGAAAAAUUGCAAAUUGUUAAACCCAUAGAAGGUUCACAAACUUUAGGACAUUGGUCAAGGUUAGCUACGCCCACGUUUAGUGGUCUUUUAGAUGAAAGACCUGGAGUGACAAUUAGAUGUGGAAGAGGUCUUGAUGACUUGGGUUUACAACUCUAUUCCUUAUCUGAUGUAGAAGAAGAUUUUGAAGAAAUUACUCCAGGAAAGCAAUUCCAAAACUCGGGAUAUACUUAUACAUAUACUAUCAGUAACGUACUACAUCCCGAUGAUGGGCUUGUUAAUGAUCUUUCAUUUUUAUCUGGAUCACAGCUAAGUUCAAGAAUAGCUUCAACUUCAACCUCAAGACAACCAAGUUGCCCGCAAACCCCAAAAACUGGAGCAUCACGAAGGAAUUCAUGUUCAACCUUUUCCGUAAAUAUGGGGCUAGCCUCAAUGUUAAAUGAAAGGGGUAUCAAGGCUGUGACUCCAAGUGCAUUAAAUACACCGGCUGGGCCUAAUUUUUCACCAACUGUUACACCGUGCAAUAGUCCCGAGGGAUCCCCAACGCGAUCUACGUCUCCGGAGCCACUACUCAGUUUACUUUCCUCUGGCGCGGAUUUAAUACGUCGCAAAUUAAUUGGUGAUUACGAUCGUCCAAAUCAACACCCACUUCAUAGGAAUAAUAUUCAAUCAAAGCAACAAACGAUAAUGUUGUCACGACUAGAGAAGCGCGCGUUACGUUCUUUGCGUCUUCUUGAAAAAGUUGAAAGCAUUGGUUUAGAAAAUAUUAUAGCCACGCAACCUAGUGCAAUGAGUCAAUUAGCAUGUGGCAUUGCAAGUCGAUCAGCGAGUCCAAUGGCACAACUAACAAGUCUGAAAAACCUUCAAACUGUAAGUAACGGAGUGGUUGAUGAUCUACAAUUUGACCGUAAUCAAAUUCGAGCAGUACUUCAUAAAGGUUUAUCAAAUGAAAGUUUAAAAAGCUUAACGUAUAGCCCCAACAAUACCGGUAAAAACUUAAAUCCUGAGAAAUCAAAUAUUGUUUGCGAAGAUGAAUCACAAUAUGUAUUGUCUACAGAACGGCCUUCUUUAGUGUCCCUACCAUCAUCGUCUAAUGCAAUACAGAGUUGUAAUAACGAAAUGAAUAUGCAAUCAACGACACAAAACUCAGUUAUAUUUUUAAACGUGUCUUCAGAUUCGCGAUGUAAACAAAUGCAGAGGCAAAAAUCUCGUCGAAAUUUAAAAAAUGGUCAACGUCCAGAUCUUGGUACAGUAGGAGGACGAAUUCGUUCUGAUUUAGGAAAAGUAGAAUUAUGUAAUGGGAAAGAUGAAUGUGAAAAGAGUUGUUUAUAUAACAAGAAGCCAUCUAUCAGUCAAAAUAAAUCAAAUGCUAAUUCCGUUGACACAUAUGAGUUUGAAAUUUCACAGCAACAGUCUGUAACGCAAUCUUUCGUUGGAUCAAUCAGUUCGCUUUUCUUUGGGCGUAAGGGUGGUUGGCUGUAGAUUGAAGAUAUUGCAAUAUUCAUUUGAGAACAGCCACAGAGAUUAACCAAAAUACUACAAUAUAUAAGAUGUUACAAAAAAACAAAUUAUUCAAAAAAAAGUAUUUAAACUUUUUUUGUGCUUGUUAAAAAUUUUUCUUAGUUUAUAAUUCAAUUGUGACAAUUUUAUUCAUGAAAGCGUAUAUACAUACACAUAUGUACUUUAUAAGUUUGUAAAGUCUUCAUUGAUAGUAAAGUUGGUGUAUUUAUUUUUAAAA